UCUUGCUUUGCUCGCCUCCACCGUCUCCAAAAUGCCCGGACUGCUUUCCACGGAUGGAUAUAUUUUAAGAUUUCCCUUCGCAUUGCUAGGCGAGGCGGUUCGCCUGCUGGAGGCGUCCGCCGGUGACAUCUCCUCGCGGGAAGGAGGGCUUUGAUUUGGCCCCUUCUCUCUCCCCCCCUCCUCCUCUUUUUUGCUAUUUUGGGAGGGGGCGGCUGCAAACAAACAAAAAAUAGAGGGACAGAGCUGGGUUUCUAACAGACUCCCCCUUCUCUCUCUCCCCUCGUCCCUUUCACUCGCCGCCCCUCCAGGGCCAAAACAACCCGAAAUCAGGACGCGCCGUUUUGAGUGUGUGGUUGUGUGUGUGCGGCCCCCCCUCCACGUUUCUCUGAAAUUGACGCCCCAAGGGGAAGCGAUCGGAAGAAGAUCGAGAUCGCGCAUCACGUAUCCGAUUGCCUCGUGUUUCCGAAUACCUGCGGGGGCUCAAGCCCUGCCGUCCUGGCGGCAGGAUGGAUUAGGGAUCCCUGAAUGGAGGAACCUGAGAGGACUGGAUCGCAGAAGGCCUGCUGUUGUGUCCCCUGCUCUGGGAUGACCAGAGUGGCUCCAGGUUGCUGACAGCUCCAGCAUCAAGGCAGCAUGGCCCGGCUCAUCCAUGCCCUCUGGAGUCUCUGCAUCACCACUGUCCUUGUCACCUCAGCUACACAAGCAGGUCUAAGCCGGGCUGGCUUACCCUUUGGUCUGGUUCGUCGGGAACUGGCAUGCGAAGGCUACCCUAUUGAGCUGCGCUGCCCAGGCAGUGAUGUCAUCAUGGUGGAGAAUGCCAACUAUGGACGCACAGAUGACAAGAUCUGUGAUGCUGACCCCUUCCAGAUGGAGAACGUCCAGUGCUACCUUCCAGACGCCUUCAAAAUCAUGUCCCAAAGGUGCAAUAAUCGAACACAGUGUGUUGUGGUGGCUGGCUCAGAUGCUUUCCCAGACCCUUGCCCUGGCACCUACAAGUACCUGGAGGUCCAGUAUGACUGUGUCCCCUACAUAUUCGUUUGCCCGGGGACGCUGCACAAGAUCCUGGAACCUACCUCGGCUCAUGAGUCAGAGCACCAGUCUGGAGCCUGGUGCAAGGACCCUCUUCAAGCUGGAGACCGGAUAUACGUCAUGCCGUGGAUCCCAUACCGGACAGAUACGCUGACGGAGUAUGCGUCAUGGGAGGACUAUGUGGGCGCCCGACACACCACCACCUAUCGCCUGCCCAACCGGGUCGAUGGCACUGGCUUUGUGGUGUAUGAUGGAGCAGUCUUCUACAACAAGGAGCGGACGCGCAACAUUAUCAAGUAUGAUCUGCGGACACGCAUUAAGAGUGGAGAGACAGUUAUCAACACGGCCAACUAUCAUGACACCUCACCCUACCGUUGGGGCGGCAAGACCGACAUUGACCUGGCCGUAGAUGAAAAUGGGCUAUGGGUCGUCUAUGCCACUGAAAGCAACAAUGGACGAUUAGUGGUGAGCCAGCUCAAUCCCUACACACUACGCUUUGAGGGCACAUGGGAGACUGGCUACGACAAGCGCUCAGCAUCCAAUGCCUUCAUGGUGUGUGGAGUCCUCUAUGUGGUACGGACAGUCUAUGUGGAUGAUGACAGCGAGGCGGCUGGUAACCGCGUUGACUAUGCCUUCAACACCAACAUGAACCGCGAGGAACCCAUCUCACUGACUUUCCCUAAUCCCUACCAGUUCAUCUCUUCCAUUGACUACAACCCACGUGACAACCAACUUUAUGUAUGGAACAACUAUUUCGUCCUGCGCUACGCACUCGAGUUUGGCCCACCUGACCCUAGCACUGGCCCAGUCACCUCAACACCACUCAGCACCACCACCACCAUCCGCCCCACCACUGUCACCAGCACAAUUUCACCGGCCGCUACAACAACCACACGGCAGACCCCCCUCACCACCCAUCCCGUUGGUGCCAUAAACCAGAAAGGGACAGAGCUGCAUCCAGUCACUGCCGUCAUGCCCAGCACCCGCCGUCCACCAGCAAACAAUCAGCAUGUUUCUCCAGAGCUCUUCUGUGAGGCCAAGGAGGUGCGGCGUGUCCAGUGGCCAGCCACGCAGCAAGGCAUGCUGGUUGAAAGGCCUUGCCCGAAGGGCACGCGAGGUAUUGCGUCCUUCCAGUGUCUUGCAUCUCUUGGAAUCUGGAACCCACGGGGGCCUGAUCUCAGUAACUGCACAAGCCCUUGGGUCAACCAGGUGGCACAGAAGAUCAAGAGUGGAGAGAAUGCAGCCAACAUUGCCAGUGAGCUCGCCCGGCAUACACGUGGUGCCAUCUACGCUGGAGAUGUCAGCUCCUCUGUCAAGCUAAUGGAGCAGCUCCUGGACAUCCUGGAUGCCCAACUUCAGGCCCUGCGCCCCAUUGAGAGAGAGUCAGCCGGCAAGAACUACAACAAGAUGCACAAGAGAGAAAGGACAUGCAAGGACUAUAUCAAGGCUGUGGUGGAGACGGUGGACAACCUGCUGCGUCCUGAGGCGCUAGAGUCAUGGAAGGACAUGAAUGCCACCGAGCAGGUGCACACAGCCACAAUGCUGCUUGACAUCCUGGAGGAGGGAGCCUUCCUACUGGCUGACAAUGUCAAGGAGCCAGCCCGCUUUGUCACUGCCAAGAAUAAUGUGGUGCUGGAGGUCUCAGUGCUGAAUACAGAGGGGCAGGUGCCGGAUAUUGUGUUCCCGCAUGAGUAUACCACCAGAAACUCCAUCCAGCUGUCAGCCAACACAAUCAAGCAAAACAGUCGAAAUGGGGUGGUCAAGGUUGUCUUCAUCCUCUACAACAAUUUGGGAUUUUUCCUUUCUACUGAGAAUGCCACCAUCAAGCUGGGUAGUGAGGUUGGUUCGCUUAGCCCCUCACUUGUUGUCAACUCACAAGUUAUUGCUGCCUCCAUCAACAAAGAAUCUAGCCGUGUCUUCCUGAUGGAUCCUGUCAUCUUCACUCUUUCCCACCUGGAGGACAAGAACCACUUCAAUGCCAAUUGCUCCUUCUGGAAUUACUCCGAGCGCUCCAUGAUGGGUUACUGGUCCACACAGGGUUGCCGGCUGGUGGAGACCAACAAGACCCACACCACCUGUGCAUGCAGCCAUCUUACCAACUUUGCAGUGCUCAUGGCCCAUCGUGAAAUCUACCAGGGCCGCAUCAAUGAGCUGCUGCUGUCGGUCAUCACGUGGGUGGGCAUUGUGAUUUCCCUGGUCUGCUUGGCCAUUUGCAUCUCCACCUUCUGCUUUCUGCGUGGGCUGCAGACCGACCGCAACACCAUCCACAAGAACCUCUGCAUCAAUCUCUUCAUCACCGAGCUCCUCUUUCUCAUCGGCAUCGAUAAGACACAGUAUGAGAUUGCCUGCCCCAUCUUUGCAGGGCUGCUGCACUACUUCUUCCUGGCAGCGUUCUCCUGGAUGUGCCUGGAGGCCAUUCACCUUUACCUCAUGCUGGUCGAGGUCUUUGAGAGUGAAUACUCCCGCAAGAAAUACUACUACGUGGGCGGCUAUUGCUUCCCUGCCCUGGUUGUGGGUAUUGCUGCUGCCAUUGACUAUCGCAGCUAUGGCACCGACAAAGCAUGCUGGCUUCGAGUUGAUAACUACUUCAUCUGGAGCUUCAUUGGACCCGUCUCUUUUGUCAUUGUGAUCAACCUGGUGUUCCUCAUGAUCACUCUGCACAAGAUGAUCCGCAACACAUCUGUCCUCAAGCCUGACUCCAGCCGACUGGACAACAUCAAGUCUUGGGCACUCGGGGCCAUCACUCUUCUUUUUCUGCUGGGCCUCACCUGGGCCUUUGGCCUCCUCUUCAUCAACAAGGAGUCUGUUGUCAUGGCCUAUCUCUUCACCACCUUCAAUGCUAUCCAGGGCAUGUUCAUCUUUGUGUUUCAUUGUGCACUGCAGAAAAAGGUUCACCGGGAAUUCAGCAAAUGCCUGCGGCACGCAUCCUGCUGCCUACGGAGUCCACCAGGGGCCACACUGGGCUCUCUCAAGACCUCAGCCAUCCGCAGCAACAACCGUUACUACACUGGGACGCAGAGCCGAAUCCGGAGAAUGUGGAAUGAUACUGUAAGGAAACAAACUGAGUCCAGCUUCAUGGCAGGUGAUCUCAACAGCACUCCCACCCUCAAUAGAGGUACAAUGGGGAAUCACCUGCUGACCAACCCCGUGCUGCAGACACGGGGCGGGACGAGUCCCUACAACACACUCAUUGCUGAGUCCGUGGGCUUCAACCCUGCCUCACCUCCUGUCUUCAACUCUCCAGGGAGCUUCCGAGAGUCCAAGCACCCCUUGAACAACAGCCGAGACGCCUGUGGCAUGGACACCCUCCCGCUCAAUGGCAACUUCAAUAACAGCUACUCCCUCCGCAGUGCUGACUUCGCAGCUGACGGCACCAAGAUGGCUGACUGCCGACGCAACCUGAGUGACGCUGCGGCCUUUGAAAAAAUGAUCAUCUCUGAGUUGGUGCAUAACAACUUGAGGGGGGGAGGCAGCGGUGUGGUCAAGGGAGGUGGGGGUUCCACGGAGACCUCCAACCCCCCUGGGCCACCUCCCCCUCCCAACGUAGUAGCAGGGGGAGGGGGUACCAACAAUGAGGAUGAUGCCAUUGUGCCUGACGCCCCUUCCUUGACCCAUGAGGAGAACAUGGAAAUUGAACUCAUGUAUAAGGCCUUAGAGGAGCCGCUCUUGCUUCAGAGGGCACAGUCCAUCCUCUACCAGAGCGACCUGGAGGAGUCGGAGAGCUGCACAGCUGACCUGACAGAGGGGGGUGACGGCCAAGCCCCUUCGCCCAACAGGGACUCUUUAUACACCAGUAUGACCAACCUGAGGGACUCCCCAUACCCGGACAGCAGCCCCGAGGCAGAUGGGGAAGUGCUUCCUCACGCCCAAGCCAUCAAUGAAAUCUACUAUACCAACCGGCCAGCCUUGGUGCCACGCAACCAGCUCCAGGCCUACUACCAAGUCCGGAGACCCAGCAAUGAUGGCUAUUUGGUCCCAGGAAGCUUAGAAAACCCUGCAGUGGAGGGAGAUGGCCAAAUGCAGCUGGUGACCAGCCUCUGAGGGGCUGAAAAGGGACUGAGGGACCAUGCCCCCCAACCCCAAUGCGGCAUCCUUGCCGUGACCUGAACAUUUUCAUUUUUUCCUGGAGGAAAGGGUGGGGAAGAAGAGAAUGGAGCAGGGCUGGGGAAUGAAUGGAGGACAGAAGGUGGAAGAAAGAGCUGAGGCAGAGGGCUUCUCCGAGGGGGUGGGCAGCCAUUUUGCCCAGCUUUCCUUCCAUCCAAUUAGUUUUCCAAUCAGAAAGCGGCAUCUUGCCAGUUUGGUUAUGUCGGUUUCUUUUCCAGGCAAAUGCAGUGGAGGAAAGAGAGCAGUAUCUAGGCAAAAGGACCAGACAUUUUGACAAUACCUCCUAAAGAAUGGGGGGAGGAACAAUAGAUUGAAAAACUUUAAAAGCUGAAAUAAUUUUUUUAUGCGACUAAAAAUCAAAGCCAUGAGGGUGCCACACGCAGAGAAUGGGGCACCUGGGGGAAAUGCCCUCUGCCCCCUGGGUCAGCUCUCCGCCCUCCCCUUCCCGUGACUUUAUUGGCCUGUUUUCCAGAAGAGAUCGAGGGACAAACGGGGCCUUCAUGGCACUUGGGCCUCGUUGGGGUUUAGAUGCAACUGUUGCCAAAAAAUAUUCAGAGAGAGAGAGAGAGAGAAAGGUGUGAUGUGUGGGGGGAGAGGAAGGAGUUGCUCUGAUGAUGCUAAGCCCAGAACCUGCCUUCCAGUAUUUGUUGGUUGUCACAGUUUAUCAACAGGGUUUGCAUUUAAGUUCCUUAUUUCUUUCAGAUGGGCAGGACAGCAGGAACAUUUCCUUUGUUUCUUUUUUUAAAAGCCCACAUAGGAAUGUUUGAAAUGCACCAUUGUUUCUGGGGAAGAAGGAGGAAGUAGCACCAAGGUGGCUAUCUUUAGGUUUUAUUUUAUUUUUGUGGCUGCAUUUGGUGGCCGUUCCCCUCAUGUUUGCUUUGGUGUGGCCACCAGGCUUAAAAUAAAAUCGCACAAAAUAGAGAUGAGGAGGGAUGGAGUUGGGGGCACUUCGUCCCGUGUCAUCUGUUUAACUUGGUUCCAUCUGUCCUCCACACGGCCUGCUGAGUUCCUUCUCCAGCAUUUCACAGUGAUGCAAGAAUACUCUAAUCUUCCUUCUGUUUCAUUCCUGCCUACGAAGAAGCAAAAGUCAGGAGUAUCUGCAAUGCAAAUAUGGCUGCCGUCCGAACACAUUUGGGACCACAUGGGGAGAAGUAGGAGUGUUGAACUCUUUUCCCCCCAAAAAAUGGAUGGAUUGUCCUUCAGAAAAAUGACAAAAAACAAAACACAAACAGCAACAAAAAAACACUAACCCAGACUGCACUUUUUUCCCCAAAGGAAAAAGAAAUAGCAAAUCUCCCUCUUCAAGCACAACUCCGACUUUUCUCACCAACUCUCAUCCUGAGAGAGUUGGAGGGAACAACCAGUCUCACCUAGAGGCAUCAUAUCUCUGGGGCGGGCGGUGGGCGGGGUCAAAAUGGGUUGGGAAAGGGGGACGUGAUACCAAUUGAAAUGCUGUAAAUAUGAAAUCCUAAAAACAACAACAAAAAGGAGAAUUGAUUUACUCACUUGAAAAUGGAAAAACAAAACAAAACCAAGGAACUUUUCUAUCUGGGUUUUAAAUAUAUCUAUAUCUAUAGAAUAUAUAUAGAUAUAUGGCACUCAGCUCUGCUCUGGCCCCAUGUGUGGUGUGGGAGCAUGUAAGGGAAAAGAAAAUCCCUACUUUGAUGAAGACGACGGGGAAACCCACCAAGAGCAGUUUUUUACAAUCAAAAAAGGAAAAAAAAACAUUUUGGCACAAUUUUUAUGUAAUAUAUAACAUAUACUGCGUCAUUUCUGUGACCUUGAAGCAUUUCCCCUUUCCUGCCGGAUGAGGUACCUUUUUCAUACAUCUCUACAUGAAGUGGUUAUUUUCUCAUUAACUGCCAAUUUGGAAUUGUGGGUGGGGAAGGGAAAAAAAAUAUAUCAAAAAAAACCAUUUUUACUGCAAGACCCAAAGAUGCUGUAAUUCUGUAACGCUGUAGGUUCCAGGAUAAUCCUUUGCUUAUAGGAAUUUUCGGGGGGACAGAGUGUUGUUUCAUUUCAUUUUUUAAAAAGCAACCCCAUCAUUUGUAUUUAUUUGAAACCUUCAGGUUAGAAGUUUCCUGGUUACCUAGUAUCGGAAAGGGAAGUGGUAUGUGGUUUUGCUACUUGGAGCCUCGAGUGUUUAUUUUCUUGUUUUUAUUUUGUUUUCUCUUUUCUUUUUUUCCCUUUUGGUCCCCUCCCAGCUAGAUUGUAAUGAGCAGAAAGUGAGGGGGGUUGGCAUUUUUAGAGGAGCCCCUCCCUUGGAGUGGGCAGUGGCUUUCCUUCUCUGCACCAUACUGGGAUGGGAACCAAGAGCCAUCAGCAAAUUCCUUGUCUUUGCAUGUCUUACCCCAGUGCCACUGCUAUGAACCUAGGACCCAAUAAUUACUUGCCCUCUCUAGUAGCAGCAGAAUCCACUAAUACCGUCUUUUCCAUCAGGGGAUAAGCCCUAAUCCUGACACCCGUGAGAUAAUUAUUUGGGGGGUUAGCUGCUCAGUGUUCCCUCUGUUGUCAUUGGACUAGGCCUCCUCACAUGGUAUUUCCCCUUUAGCUCCUGCAUAUUUACAGCACCUAAGAAUGCCCCUUAACCAAUUUUGGUAAUGAGAGAUUUGUCAUGUUGCCCAUAUCGAUCUCUUCUUUUCUGUCAAGAGCCCAGACAGAUUAGGCACAGACCGCAACAACGGGAUGAUAGACCAGCGUGCACAUUCUAUGGCUGUAGAGUAAGAUAGCCUAAUACAGCUUUGGAGCACAGAGCUUGAGCUGACAUCUUUUAGAAUCCAGGGAGACUCAGAAUUACUCAAGACUUUUCCAUGAAGAAUAUAUUUUUUCUAUCCAGCCCACAGUGUAAUCCACACUUCUGCAGUAAGAGACUUCCAAAAGUCUUCAGAAUUAAUUUGUUUUAUAUCCGGGUCUUUCUUUCAAAGGGUAUGGGGGAUUGGGUUGUGGGGUUUUCACCCUCCUCUGUUGGUGUUUCAUAGGCUUUGGUUAUAUUACUCAUUGUGUGAAAGCUGGAGGGAUAACUUGGGAUUCCUGACGAACAUCUGUUUGCCCAAAAUCCUUCCUGACACUCUUGAUCUUUGUCCAGAACUAACCUGUUCACUUUGUAUGGUGGGCACAAGAUCCCACCACCAUUUCUCUGCCCCAUCACCAAACUGUGGUUCUGAUCCCUCCCAAUACCAAAUAGCCUUAUUCACCCCACUUGCAUUUGCUGCAUUGGCCCAAGGAAGGCCCUGUGUUCAGGAACCUCCUUGGCAUUAUUACCAAGAGGUACCUCCAUUUGGAAACCUCAUAUU